UUCCCUUUUGCCAAUUUUGUAGUCAUUUGUAUUCUUCCCUUGUAGUGUUAACAAAUGUCUCUUCUCUUGCUCAGCAAGAUGAGAACACUUUGCUUAUCCAUCCCUCUGUGCAAAGUGCUGUGGAUGUGCUUGCAGCGUCUGUCCUUCUCCGCCUGAGUUCAGAUGGGUUUUCAGGGGCCUGAAUCUUCCCAGUGCUGCUCUGCGAGCCGUCUCCAGCUCUUCCUGGUGGGACAGGACGUGAUGCAGCUAUGCCAGGUUAUGCCACUCUCCAGGUUUGCUGGGUGCCUGCCGGUGAAAGAGAAGGGUUGAUAUUUUGCCCAGGCCCUUAGGUCCUGAACCAAAAUGGCAGCUGGCGAGUCCCCUCCCGUAGGAGAUGCCUUCAUCGACCUGCAGCAGGGCAGAGAUCAUGCAGAAAAAGCUUCUCCUGGUGCCGAGGACGAUGAGGACUUGGAUAAGACUUUAUCAGUCGAGAGAUUUGGGGACCUGAUAAGCAAGUCAGCAUCAAGUGAUCUGGAGAAGCAGAAACGCAGCUACAGUGAGAGAGAUUUUGAAUUCCACCGCCAAACCUCGCACCACAUCCAUCAUCCCCUUUCCACUCACCUCCCUUCUGCCCUCAAGUUCCAAAAGAGGCCCCCCCGUGCCAGCAGGAGGAAAAAAAGAAGAAGGAAAAAGAAGAAAACCUCAGUACCCCCCUCAGAGGUCACCCCUACCAUCCAAGAAGUGGACGAGGAAGGAGGAGAAGAGGAGGAAGAAGAGGAAGAAGAAGAGGAGGAGGAAGAAGGAGAGUCUGAGGCAGAGGAAGCCCAGGAGAAGGAGGUCUUUGCAGAGUCUGAGGGCGAAGCUCGUGGGAAGGACACAUCCCCUAAGCUGGAGCCCCCAAGCAAACCAAAGUUCACCAUUGGCAGUGAUGAGGAUGAGUCUGGCAGCACUCUGGCCCCAGCACAGUUCCACAUGGAAGAAGAGGUGUCCUCCACACCAUGCCUCACUGACCUGCUGCAGGACAAGGGCCUUGCCUCCCUCCAAAGCCUCCCUGGACCUCGGGAACGUGUUUCUCAGGGCUGGGAGAAGCGCAAGCCCUGGGGCCAGCUGGCAAGUGGACAACGAGUUACCUAUGACUUAAAGGAGAGGAUGUGCAUUGGCAGUAUGACCACGCUGGAGAGUGCAGCAUAUCAGCGUGUCCCCACGGAUGAGGCUGAGGCCCAGAUGCUGGCAUCUGCUGAUUUGGAUGGCAUGAAAAGCCACCGCUUUGAAGACAACCCUGGUGUGAGGAGGCAUCUGAUGAAGAAACCAUCUAGGAGCCAGAUCACCAGGACGAGCAAAAAAUUAGCAUCAACCCCAUCAGUUAAAAAGAAGAAGAAGAAGAAGAAGUUGGACAGAAAACCCCAUGAGGUGUUUGUGGAGCUGAAUGAGCUGGUGGUGGAUAAGAACCAGGAGAUGCACUGGAGGGAGACAGCCCGCUGGAUCAAGUUUGAGGAGGAUGUGGAGGAGGAUACGGCCAGGUGGGGGAAACCUCAUGUGGCUUCACUGUCCUUCCGCAGCCUGCUGGAGCUCAGGAAGACAAUUGCCCAUGGUGCUGUUCUUCUUGACCUGGAGCAGACCACACUGCCUGGCAUUGCUCACCUCAUGGUGGAGACCAUGAUAAUCUCUGACCAGAUCAGGGCAGAGGACCGAGCCAAUGUGAUGCGUGCCCUGCUGCUGAAGCACAGCCACCCAAAUGAUGAGAAGGAGGGCUUCUUUCCAAGGAAUCACUCCAGCUCCAGCAUGAACUCUAUUGUGGGGAACCACCACCACAAUCACACCAUAGACACCUGUGUGCCCCUCAUGGGAGAGGAGCGAAUUGAGAUGGCUGACCCCAAGGCCCAUGAGACUGAAUGCAAAGAGAAAAAUGUGCAUGCCCAUAACUCUGAGGGGCACCGUAAAUACCUGAAGUUGAUGGAGAAGAUUCCUGAAGAUGCAGAGGCCACUGUAGUCCUUGUGGGUAAGAGGCUGCAAACCCCAACACCAAAAAGACCAGUUUAGAUCCCGGUCUGGGACCAGCUUGGGUGCUCUCUCUUUCCUGAAAGAUAUUUGGACAUCUAGUGCGCACUUCCAAAGUUUAAGUUGAGAAGGAGCUUUGUGCACUCGCUCUUGUGUGGUGACAACACACAUCUUGUUUGUUUGUAAUA